GCGGCGCGUGAUCGAUUGUGUUCCAUCAUGAGAGACAAAAGAUAGAUUAUUUGCUGAAUAAGAAGACUCAUUUUCACGAUUUUAUUUGGAUUUCACUAACUUGGACUGAAAAACUGCAAAAGGAAGAGGUUCUUACAGUGAAUCCCACGCAAUUGCUAUUGGACUUCCUUUCAGCGACAGGCAGCUGUAUUGACUGUCUUGUAGCAGCAAUCUGUUUACUGCUUCAACUCAGACAAGAAAACAAGCUUGCAGAGGUUAUACUAACCAGGCAAAAAUUACGUCAAUAAUGGAAACAUUAAGCAACUCUCAAGACAACUAUCACAAUGAGGAAAGGCAGUUGGAAAUGGCUGAGCCCAUGUGCCUGAUUGAUAGCACAACAGACAACAACCUUCAUGUCAACCAGGAAGCCCUGAACAUCCUGAGCUCCAUCAGGCAGCCUGUGGUGGUGGUGUCCAUCGUGGGCAUGUACCGCACCGGCAAAUCCUACCUCAUGAACAGAUUGGCUAGGAAGCGUAAAGGAUUCUCUCUGGGCUCUACGAUUCAGUCUGAGACAAAGGGCAUCUGGAUGUGGUGUGUUCCGCACCCUGAGAAAAAAGGCCACACCCUGGUCCUGCUGGACACUGAAGGACUGGGAGAUGUGGAGAAGGGUGAUCAGACACAUGACACUUGGAUCUUUGCCCUGGCUGUUCUUCUAAGCAGUACUUUCGUCUACAACAGCAUGGGAACCAUCAACAAUGAAGCUAUAAUGAGCCUGCACUAUGUGACUGAACUAACUGAGCACAUCAAGGUGAAGUCCAGCAGGGAGAAUGUUGAGGAAACUAUGAUGGAGUAUGCCCGCUUCUUCCCUUCCUUCGUGUGGGCAGUGAGAGACUUCACUCUGGAGCUGAAGAUUGAUGGACAGAAGGUCACUGCAGAUGAAUACCUGGAGAAUUCGCUCAAGCUGAUGAAAGGAAACUCCGCUCGGAUCAUGUACAGCAAUGCCCCGCGAGAGUGCAUCCGAAAUUACUUCCCUGUUCGGAAGUGCUUUGUGUUUGACCAGCCCGUCUACAAGGACAAGUUGAAGAUAAUAGAGCAGCUCAAUGAUGGCGACCUGGAGCCUAACUUUGUCAAGCAAACCUCAAAGUUCUGCAGUUAUAUUUUUAGCAAUUCAAAGGUGAAAAUGCUUUCAGGAGGAAUCACUGUCACUGGAAACAUGCUGGGGAACCUCGCUGUCACUUAUGUGGACUCCAUUCGGAGUGGGCAGGUUCCUUGCUUGGAGAAUGCAGUGGUAGCUCUGGCUCAGAUAGAGAACUCCAGUGCGGUGGAGAAGGCACAUGCCCUCUACAUGCGUCUGCUGGAAGAGCGAGUUGUCCUGCACACUGAAACGAGGGAGGAGCUCUCCCAGGUUCAUGAGGGUUGCCUGAAGGAGGCACUGGAGCAUUUCAUGGACCACUCUUUCAAGGACGAAAAGCAGAGAUUCCAGACUGAUCUGAUGGAACGUAUCAAAGAGGAAUAUGGGAAGAAGUGCCAUGAGAAUGAGACGUUAUCUUUGAAGCACUGCACUGCUGUACUGCAACAGCUGUGGCACAACCUGGACCACGAGUCAUACAUGAGACCAGGGGGGUACUCUGACUACAGGGUCCAGGUGGAUUCCCUCAUUCAGAACUACAGAGAUACACCUGGCAAAGGAAUUAAGGCUGAACAUGCUUUGGAGACCUACCUAAAAGACAAAAAAGAACUGGGAUCAUCCAUCUUGAUGGCAGACAGGAGUCUCACAGAGAGGCAGAAGCAGUUAGAGGAGGAAAAAGCCGGUGCUGAAAUGGAGAGAUUUAAGGCAGACGUGGCCAAGAAAGAACAAGAGGAGCUGGCUAAAAGGCUGGAGGAUACUGAAAAAGCCCAUAGGGAGAAUGAACAGCAGCUGAUGGAGAAAAUGGCGAAGGAACGUCAAGCCAUUCUUGACGAAAAUCAGAGGAUGCUGGAGCAGAGGCUGCAGGAGCAAAAGAAGUUGAUGAUGGAAGGCUUUGACGUCAAGGCUGAGGCCAUGCGUUCUGAGAUCCAGUCCUUAAAGCAUCAGAUAGCAGCAUCCCAGAAUACAAGCAGAGGGGGGGGCUGCAUACUUCUGUAGAAACAGCUGGAAUAGAAAUAAGUUCACUGCCUAUAUUACGUUUUGCAGAAUGAAUACCACACCUUUAAUUAGGGAGCUUCUACAUCCUUGACUUGUCUGAGAUAAUUAGUGAUUAUUUAAGUAUGCUAAUGAAUUAACAAAUGACCAUGGACUAAUAUUUAAAAGUACUUAAAGUAAUUAUUAAAUGCAACAAAGUUGCUCUGAAAAGCUGUUUCUCUGCUUAUAACUCAGCAAUCCACAUAAAUGAUUACAAGGUAUCCAAAAACCAUUUUAAGUGAUUCUUUCUGUACAACUUCAUAUAUUUUCUUCUAGUAACUCACAGUUCAUCAGUUGUGAAGGUUUUUCUUUUUUUUGCUUACUCAGCUCAUGGCAGAUGCAACCCAAGCCAUGUUGAGAAGAGUGAAAGGUUCAGGAUAUGAAAUCUAGCCAGGAAAGAAAAUGCUAUGCUAGACGAGCGAUCCUAUUCAUUUCAGUACAAUCUGCUUGCGGCUAGCUAAAUACGAACAGACCCACUUCAAAACAGUGCCCCUUAGUUCAACCAGAGUUUCAAGUCUACUGAGUAUAAUACUAUGGUCUACAAUAUCAAACACAACACUCAGGUCAACAACUGAGAUAUGACUAGCAUUAGAGGAGAUGAUAGCAUAAUUAAAAGCAUAAGUGAGGGCUGUUUCAGUGCUGUG